AUGGCCAUGCAGGUGCUUCGUGGCGUGCAACGCUGGGCGCAGGAGCUGCGCUUGGGCGCGCUCGAGCGGCGGAUUCGCCAGGAUCCGACGAAGCUCCGAGAGCGCCUGAGAGCCGCGGCGCUCUACUGCCGCCAGGCAGAGGCUCAGGCGGAGGAGGCGGAGGCGGAGGCGCUGCAGAAGGCCGUGCCUCACUUGGAGGCGGUGCUCGCGGUCGGAAGCUCGGCUGAGAGUUUCAACACGGAGUCGGCGAGUGGAAUGCCCGCGGAAGCGGAGGUGUGCCGCCGACUGGAUCAGCUGCUGCUCUCCGCGUGCGAGGCGAUUCUACCGCCGGAGCAGGCGGCCGUGGUCCUGGAGCCCGGCGAAGGAGAGGGUGCAGCGCUUCGCGGCGGGGGCCUUCGGCGGCUUCCGCUGCCGCGCGGCCCGGACCGCCUUCCACAGGCUUCGCCGGGGAGCUGCUGGCAGUAUCAGCUACGAGAUCCCUUGCCCCGCGUUAGGCGGGCUGCCGAAGAGGUGGACGUUCGAGGACGCGUCCGCCCUUGCCAGGGACCAAGGCUCCAAAGGGAGCUGGAGGCAGAGGUUCUUCUGGAGCACUUGCCGGAGACGGCCUCGGCCCUCUUGGCCCAUGCUCGGGUCAACGGAGCCGGUGAGAUGCUGUUCUUGACAAAGGAGCAGAUGGCCUGGCAGCAAGCGCAAGGACAGCUCCUAUGUCCUGAUUGCGGCGAGUUCUUCGUGGGCGAGCGGGGUCUCCAGGACCACCAGCGCAGCAAGCACAGCAAGGCCGUGACGGAGGCUUUGGAUGUGGUCCAUUGGAGCAGGCUGCAACUUGUUCCGCUGCGAACACCUGUGGCGUCACCACCAAAGACCCCCAGCAAAGGAGGCGGCCCUCGAGUCCCUUUGGACGAAGGCCUGCGUCUCGCGGCGGCCGGGGACGUCGAGGCUUUGAAGGCGCUGCUCCGCGGCUCUGGGCCCCGGGCCUGGGACCUGGAGACGCGGGACCCGCACGGCUCCAACGCGCUGCUCUGGGCAGCAGGUGGGGGCCACUUGGAGACUUGCCAGCUUCUGGUGGCUGAGGGCCUGGAUCCUAUGUCUCAGCAGAAGGAUCACCGCACGGCGCUGCACUGGGCUGCACGCAACGGCCACCUGAGUGUGUGUCGCUGGCUGGUCGAGGUUUGUGGACUCCAGCCUGACGACCCGACGCGGGAUGGGACGGUGCCGCUGCAUUGGGCUGUUUGGCAGGAGCACGAGGAGGUGUGCUCUUGGCUCCUCGAGGCACGGGCCAAUCUACACGCCAAGAACAAGUAUGGCUGCAACGCAUCGCAGUGGGCGGCCCUCGCAGGAUCUGUGAAGAUGUGCCGCUGGUUGCAGCGCGAAGGCUUGGAUCUGAAGGUGCUGAACCUGAACGGCCACUCCGCCCUGCACAAAGCGGCGGUGAAAGGCGGUUUCGAUUGCUGCCGCUGGCUCUUGCGAGCUACUGAGGGCGGCGAAGGCGGGGGGGGAGGGUUGGGUCCGGAGCAGCUGCGCUGUGACCGGGAUGGGCACCGGCCCAGCACCAUGGCUCGAUGCGGUGGUUUCGAAGAGCUGUCGCGGUGGCUGCAAAGCCUUGAGAGUGAAGUCGACAAAAAGAGAUCGGAUCUUUUGGUGAAGGCCUCGGAGGAUGCGGAGUUUUUGCACCACGUGUUGACCAGCGCCGUAGGGCCAAGGCUCUUCUACCAGCUGCCCAAGCUCACCGCCAGGUACAUGCGGAAGAUCGCUUUGUCUCCCGGCUGCCUCGAGGAGUUCCAGAGCCGCAGCGAAUUCGAGGAGCGAGCGACGCCUUACCACUUCGCCAACGCGUUGAUGAUCCUCAAGGCUGCCGGCGAGACACAGGCUGCCUCUGAGCUUUUCGAGGAAGCGCGAGAAGUCACCUGCCAAGGGCAGCGCCCUAUCACCUGGGACAGCCUUCAGCAAACACCGGCAGUUCACAUCAGCGGCUUGACGCAUCGGCCCUUCUGGGAUCCCAAGCAGCUGCCUCUCGCAGAGAUGCUCAAGGAUCAUUUCCCCACCAUCCAGCAGGCGCUGAGCUGCUGCAAGGGGGAAGAGUUGCUGGCGUACCUGCGGACGCAGAAAUCGCAAAAGCACAAAGUGUUUGGUCUCCAGGCUCCUGCCUAUCCGAAUCUGCUUGAGAAGUCAGGAGUUUGGGACAUGUUGCAGCUCUAUGUGGGCCGGCGAUGGAACCAGGAUGCUUGUGCGCUGAUGCCGUCCACCGCAGCACUGCUACAGCGGCACCUGCCAAGCACAGAUGUGCCAUACAUACACUACAACUCGGAGGAAGUAGUCGUCUUCCUCCUGUCUCCAGGGAGCCGCGUGCGCUUGCACAACGGUGGCAGCAACGUGCCCGUGAACCUCUCGCUCGGUCUUGUGGGCUGCAGCGGUUCCUUCUGCGAGGUGGCAGGCGAGGUGAAGGCGUUCGAGGACGGCGAGGUGCUUGCCUUCGAUGACGGCUCCGACCACCGGGUCUGGCACGAGGGGAAGGAGGAGCGCUGGGUGCUGACGCUGCGGCAGCUGCACCCCGAGCUCCAAGCGGACCCCCAACGUUACUUCUGCAGGGCCUUCACGUGGCGAACCUGCUUCGAGGCCACGCCAAACCACAGCUCAGAAGUCUCAGAGCCGAGCAGAGCCGAGCGCCCGAGCUUUGCUUUGCUUUGCGCGAGCCUUGCGCGCGAGGCCUGGGACGAAGGACGCGCCCGAGCGCUGGGCUGCGCUGCGGAGAAAAAAUAUGGAGAGUUCCCCGUUAUACGUGCUCCACGGCUCCACGCUCCCCCUCGCUUAUAA